UAAAUUUAUAAUUUUAUUAUCGAAUCGCGGAAAUCCGCGCGAAUACGUGAACAGAACGUUUGAAGGCGAAAUUAAUGGAAGCUUGGCGUGUUCCUUUAACGGACAUAAUACGACAACAGUCCUAGCGAUUAAAAAGUAAACAGCUUUGGUGGAGCUGUUCUCUGCGGCACUUUGCAUAGCGGUCGAUGACGUUAGAGUUAUCAAAAUAUUUUCAUUCACUAGCAGAAGGAUUUGAGAUUUUGGGGUACUAACUGCGUAAAUACUUGAUUGGAAAGCAGAAAGUAGUUGUGCCAUUUUGCUUGCCUAUUAAUCUGGAACACUCGCUGAUGACUCAGAAUGUCGCCAAAAACUAGUCGACAUCGUUUUCUACGGCAAAGAGACACUCAGAACGUUUUUCAGCCGCAAAGUUUAAAAACGGCUAGGCAGUGCCGACGGGUUUUCAAAAACCACGUAAAAAAAAAAGCAGUUUUGGAACGACGAGACCGGUGUGCCACAACCGAAACAUCCAGUCAACUGCCUAGAAUUAAUCGUGUAUGUGGUAAGAAUCGGAAAAUUUCAUUGUCUUCUCACCGAAUGCGGGCAUCAGAUAAUGACUGUAAAAUGUCUUCGACAAUGAUUGAUAGAUCGUUCACCACUUCACGUCAUGAAGAAGCAGCCUCCCUUGACCCAUCGAGUACCAUAUCUGAAGACAAUCAGUCUCAGACUAUAAGUGAAGAAAACUUUCACCGAACACUCCAGUCUGUAGUUGCUUGCUAUGAAAAUGACAGACUCCCUGUAUCAUGGCAAGAGGGUAUCGCCAAGGCAGUGGACGUUCGAUUCGCGCCCUCCCAGUACUGCGACCUUUGUGGUUCGUCCUUCGUGUUGCGUUGCACCGAACUGGAGAAACACGUGAAGCAGUUUCACCCGCAGCUAGUGGAAAAAAUCGACCGCCCACCGAAAGUGUUGGUACCGCGAGGGAUCAUGUAUGCGAUUCGAACCUUCGAGAUGCCGGGCCAUACAUUCUCAAUAGGUCCGUACGCUGCGCUAACGUUUAUGUGUCUUCAAGAACCAGGCCAGCCGUUCUCAAAAUGUUUGCGCGACCUUGUCUUACUUAAUCGUGCCAAUGGUCGACGCUACCGAGUAUACCCGAAGAUCGCACCGCUUCCCUCCUUUGAGGUGCCUUCUGGCGGCUUCCGUAAACACUUGUUACGUAAUAGACGCUCAACAGGUUACUGGCCAAAGGGAAAAGACUCAGACCUUGAGACGUUAUUGGACGUCCUACACCAGGUCGGUUACAAGGAUGCAUUCACUUCGGGGGCGAUGUCCAUGUUGACUGAGUACAAGGCACAUCGUGUGGAGGCAUUCCCUUCAGAGGUAGUCGAGUGUCGUCUGUGCGGUGAGAUUAUUUUACUUCAUCCCCUUGAGGUGGUUUUCCAUCUUGCUGUCCACGGCCUACCAUUGGAAAGGCUUUUCGGAUUUAAAACCAACGUUGAUUGGCGUAACGUUGAGUGUGCGGCAUGCUUCGAUAGCAGACGACUCAAGAAAUGUGUAAGCCUGGAUAUGGUCGGUUUGCUACGGCAUCUCAAACAGUGUCCAAUGCGGAAUAAGCUAUUUUCGAGGGGUGCCUAUCCACUGUGCUUAUUUGAGCAUGCGAUAACACUUGGAGGUGGGCUGAGCAGCCAAACUAAAAACCCUGUACCCCGUAUCGCAGAAAAAAACGAGUUAGCUAAUAUUUUCCAUAGCAUUCCACAUGUUCCAGGCUGGUGUACAACCAGAGAGAAUGAUAAAAGAAUGACUGAAAGCAACGAUGUAUGGUCGGAGCAUUCAUAUGCCCGUUGUGAAUGCGCUGCCGAACUCAAAUUGUGUCUAUGCGAGUUCCCCAGAGUUGUUUUUGAAGAGGACCCUUCGUUAAACGCUCUCAGUAUUGAGCAGCACCGUAAUGACGCGUCGAGGGCCUUAACAAAGGCAGAAGAUAUUUUCGUGAAGCUUGAGACCGUGUACGAUGAAUGUAUACUAAAGGAUGAAGCAAUGUUCAGUGAGGAGAUGGAUCUUGCGGUCCAUGCCUCUUCUGUAAGGUCUGAACCCGCAGACAAGCCUGCAGUGUUGUCCUACGACAGUACAUCGAGUUCUCCCGAACAGCUGCCUGAACGAUUCGUCCCGCUGAGGUUUAUUGCUGAAAUAAUGGAUUAUCAAAAUGAACAUCUAGGAGUAGACGUCUAAUCUUUUAAUUUCGAAAAUUUUACAUUGAUAGUUGUAAUUUGACAUUGAUCGCCGUGUCAACAAAUAUAGAAAAUUAACUAGAUGGAAACAUAAUAGAGUUAUAACUAGAUUAUUACUGUCAGAUGUACUGUGUAUAGCGUAACGAGGUACUACUCGAAAUGAUAAUUGUGUUAUGUGUACAUAUAUAAAUAUGUAAAGUAACUGAACUCGGUCAGUGACGGUUCGUAGAAUAUUGCAUGGAUAAAGCGCACGAAAUGUAUAAAAUACCAG